UUUAGAAGUAGAAUAGAACUAAAUGUGUGAAAUUGGUAUCAAAAGCUCUGUGCGAUUGUUGUUUAUAUGUAUUGUGAUGAUUAUGAGUAAAACUACACUUGUCAUCAGGGAAAUGCGGAAAAUGCGUGUAGAGGUAUUAUAAAUAUGUAUUUUUUCCUUGCUUGUCACAAUCUUUUUCCAUUUGCAAGUUCAUUGUCCACACAAGAAUUUUAGUUUAUAAACCGAAAGAUUGCUUGAGGAAAAAGAAUAUUUUACAAAAAAAGAAGCACACAUUUAUUGCCAUAUCAUGAGCUUAGCAUUUUUCGUAUAUGGUGGUAUUGAACUCAAGUGUGGGUGCUUAAAAUUCUUUUAAUAAAAAUUCAUGAGAUAACCCUAUUUAAAAUUACAUUUGACAUUAUAUAAACCAAACACAUUAAAACAAAUUAAACGAGAUAGAGUCAUCAAUUUGGACUGUUCUAAUUAAUUCUCCAUCUUGCGUCUGUUUUACGCGAUGAUCGCUCUUAUUGUAAUGCGUCGUAUAUAUGAUCUCUGCGAUUGCGAUGGGAAGCCAAGUGCGAAAAGUGGGAGUUGUUAGGUAAAGAUCAGCUGAAUUUAACGCUACUACAACACACGAUCAAGUAUGAAGUUGAUGGUGUAGGGUGAGACGCUAUUCUUGAAAGACAUCGAAAUGUGAGACGCGGUAUAAAAGAUUUUAGUUCUUUCUGAAGAUUGCCUCGAGGCGGUUCACUCUAGCAAAACGGCUUCUCAUCCCAUUGGUAAAUAAAAUCGUCGCGCAAUUCGCGCUUUGGUUGAAAAAAAAAGUGAGCAAAAUACGAUAAACAAAAAAAAUUAAAUAAUAGAAUAGAUAGAAAUUAACACAUUUUGGCCUUCGUGGCAAUUUUGUGGUAUUGCUUUUGUACGAUUAAUUUUAUAACUUCUAAAACCGGACAUCUACCUAUAAAUUGUGUGAAAAAUUGCUUAUUCGUGGUGAUUUUCCCAAAUGUUAUGUAUAUAUAUUUGUGCGUGAAUCGUCCAUGAAAGUGUUUGAAAAAUUUGGAGAUACAGACAACGUGUUGAGUUGCUUGAAAUAGCACAGUGUGUUUAUUUUUCUCCCGAGAUCGUGCGAAAAGCUCACAAUCAGAGAAAAAAGCUGUGUGAAACCAGAACUGUGUGUUUGGUGUAUAUAAAUGUAGUGUCUUUUAUCCUUAAAGACUAUUUUUGAGUACAUCUACACCACUUGAUCGUGAGCAUUUGACAUGGCACCACCUGAGAGGGUUGGACACCCUCAUGAUAAUACAACUGCAAAUCAUUGAAAGAAAAAAAUAAGCAGUGCUCUUUCGAAGAAGGAAUCACAGCUGAAAUUGGCGCGUUCUAACAGUGACUUAAUUCCCAGUUUUGCAUGAUUUUUUUUCAUGAGUGAUAAGUGAUAUAAACGAGGUGCUCUACUUAAGGGGAAAUAAAAAAGCCUGAUUUGUUCUUCCUUUUGCGCGGUAACGACAACACAAACUUCCCAAUUAGUUGAAUUUGUCAUCGAGUGAGGAUACGUUCUUGUGCUCUGAUCCAGCGCAACAAAGUCAAUGGGUGAGAUUCAGUGAUUCGACAUUCGCAACUGAUGUCAACUGCAAUGCUGUAUCAUUAUCGAGGACGAGUGACAAGUCUGCAAAAAAGGCACAUUCCCAACUGCAGGAAUCCUGCAAUCAGACUCUGCAUUGUCCCUCAGGAUACACGGCAGUCUCCGCUGAACCGACAAAUUCGCUUUGCUACUCUGGGGACCCCGCUCCAGCCCAUCGAGACGACGCUUGUACAGAGCCUAGUAGACAAUUUGUCCCAUCGCAAGAGGCGCUGAUUGAGGAAAAUUCAACGCUACAUAGUUCCCAUCCAUCUCCUGAGGUCCCAGAAGAAAACCCAACGACGCCUGAUGCUAAUUCACCAGUCGACCAGUUUGUCAUCUUACCAAACCGAGAUAUAGCAACCAAUCGUGCUGCCUGUAAAUGUGCUGACACAUCAGGGGGCGAGUAUAUUAAAGGGAGCUCAUGCACCGAUUCAUCUCAACUCAUUCACGACCCACUGUGGAACUUGGUAGUGUCGGAAAGAUGUAUUCGCCAUCGACAAGGUGUGAUACCCGAUGAUUUGUACUCGCGACAAGUGCCAAAUUGCCAAAGUGAUUCUCGAGUGACUGUUCAUAAACAAUUUCGUGAUAUUUUGUGCUUUUGCCUGCCACUGAAGCCCCUUCCGGCCAAAUUAAGUGCCACAUUCGAUAGUUCCUCUAAAUUUGCCACCGCCACAAUCAUGAUGCUGCGAUCGAUGAAGCUUAAAGAACGCCUAGCCGUUGGCUUUGGUGUUUCUCUUGUGCUUUUCACGCUGCUACUGGUGGUAGAUUUGCAGAUGGACUUGGGUGUUUCUAAGAAUCACAUUGUUCCAGCGCAUGCAAAAGUUAAAUACGUCCAGACUGAAGAUAAGAAUGGUGUUUUUGAAGGAUUUAAGAGAAAGUUUUUACAGAAAAGCAAUUCUUCCGGCUCGAAAGAGGCCUCUACAACGAGUCAUAGUCGUGCUCGUACGGACACAAGUGGUCCUGGCCAGAAAAUACCCACGCAACCGCCUGUACACGAUAAAUUUACGGACCUUCUCACUAUUCUAAUGGAACCCAGGCAAAUUGGUACUGUGAUAGUGAACUCAGAUCCGGAUGAGUUCAAUCCCUGUUUGGAGGAUCUCCUGGAUAUGACAAUAAGUAAAAACGCCACCAACUUGGAAAAGUUCCAAUUACGAAUAUGCAAAAGAGAAUUGUACCCAGAAAAUGAUCAACGGGUUUCGGCUGUUAUUAAUGAUAUGGCUACAUUACCAAUAACACAUGUUGUUCAAAAGGAAGGUGGAACGCAAAUAAAGCUCAUCAUUGAAUAUCAAAACGAUGUAAAAGCUCUAUUCAAGCCAAUGAGAUUCCCACGGGAUCAACAGACUCUGCCAAAUCAUUUCUACUUCACUGACUUUGAGAGACACACUGCAGAGAUUGCAGCAUUCCAUCUUGAUGGACUCAUGGGCUUCCGGCGAGCCAUGCCUGUCGUGGGACGAACAUUGAAUAUUACAACAGAAAUUUAUCAAGUCUGCGAUGAUGAAUUACUUAAGACGUUUUUUGUGUCGCCAUCGAAUAACUUGUGCUUUCACGGGAAGUGCUCCUACUACUGCGACACCUCCCAUGCAAUUUGUGGCAACCCCGACACUCUCGAAGGAUCCUUUGCUGCCUUCCUCCCCAUGUACGAGCAAGCAGGUCGAAAGGUUUGGCGUCAUCCAUGGCGGCGUUCGUACCACAAGCGGAGGAAAGCUCAGUGGGAAACAGAUGCUGACUAUUGUUCAAUGGUGAGAGAUAUUCCACCAUACGACCAGGGUAGACGACUCCUCGACCUAAUGGACAUGUCUGUAUUUGACUUUCUCAUGGGGAACAUGGAUCGCCAUCACUACGAAACCUUCAAGAUUUUUGGCAAUGACACAUUCCCACUCCAUUUGGACCAUGGACGAGGUUUCGGAAAACCAUUCCACGACGAACUAACUAUCCUGGCCCCAGUGCUCCAGUGCUGCCUAAUUAGAGCUUCAACACUCGAAACUCUGCUCAGAUUCCAUAAUGGGAAGCACCUCUCAGAAGCAAUGAGGGAAUCAAUGGCAAAAGAUCCCAUUGCUCCAGUUCUUUGGGAGCCACAUCUGGAGGCCCUCGAUCGACGAGUUGGAAUUAUUCUUCAAGGCAUUCGUGACUGUCUCAAAAAGAAUAACCAUGAAGAAGUGAUAAUUUCCAAUGAUCUUUCAUAGCACAAAAAAUCCAAAGUUCCAUCCAUUUAGGAACUUCGCUGAUAAGCAGAAGAAGUCCUUUAUUUGACGCCAAGAUUUUUUCAAUGAAAUUGAACAUUUUGACGGCUUUAUUUGUGUCUAUAUAGGAGUAUAAAGCAAAUAUAAAAAUUCUUUAUGGCCUGAAAAUUUUAUUAAAAAAUACUAUCGAUUGCUUUAAAAAAAAAAUUGACGAAGAGGAAAAAGAUAUUUCCUAGUUUUAGAGGUGAUUAAAAAAAGUGCGAUGAUUUUGAAUGUUUGUAAUUUAUGUACAUACAUACUACAUAAUAUUGUUACAAUGUCGAUGCUUUUGAUCGAAAUUGUCAAUUUUUAUUCUCGGUGUCUGAAAAACCAUCUAGUGCCAAAUAAAUUGUUUAUUAUUGUCAUCAAAACGUAUAAUAAAAGUAAAAACAACAUUUAAGAAUUUACCAAGCUUAUUUAUGCUUUAAUAAAUAAAAAAAAACAGAAAAGAUAAUAAAUAAAUGUUCCACGUUAUUAUAGGAGUUCUGGCGUAGAUUUCAUUCCAUAAUGCGAAAAAGAAUGGAAAAUCAUGCUGGAUAUGUCGGUUUGAAAAAGGAGUGUUGCUCUUAUGCAAUAGAAUGUAAUUCUUGCUAUAUAUUUGUGAUCUUUUCUCUUCAAGGACACGUUCUCUUUGUUACCAAUUUGCAAUGCAAACUACCUACAUUUUUUACUAUAUACAUAUGUAGUCGUUAUAUUUUCUACUUCAACAUAUAGUAAAAAGAUAAAUUUAUGUGUAAAACUGUAACAGAAGAGGAACCAUCGUGGAUUACUGUGAAGAGAUAAUACCAGAUUAAGGGAUUUAAAAAAAAGAAUAAUUUUGUGUAUAAAUGAGAGUAAUACCUAUCUAUUUAAAUAAUACAUUAUAAUAUGUAUAAACAAAAAUGAUUGACAUGCUGUUUAUUGUUAUAUCGACAAGUAAAUCAUUGUGAAUAUUGCGUUACGAUGCAGAAAUGUUAAUUUAAAUGUUAAAUAGUUAGAACCAGAAACAUAUUCUAUAUAUGUAUAAAAAAAAAGUUGAAAGCUGUGGAACUGAGAGAGAAAAUAAAUCAAAACAAUUUAUGUCAA